AUGUAUCCGCUUUCCGUCUUCAUCACCGGCGCAAAUAGAGGAAUAGGGCUUGGCAUAGUACGGGAAUUCCUCAAAGUUCCUACAGUUAAACAUGUGAUUGCUGGGGCAAGGAAUCCUGAGAGUGCCAAGGAUUUGAACUCAAUCACCGAUGAGCGAUUGAAAGUCGUCAAAAUCGACAUUGAAUGCGAUCAGUCUAUUAAAGAUGCUUACGCUCAGGUCGAAAGGGUCGUCCAUGACAAUGGAUUGAACUUAUUGGUGAACAAUGCCGCAAUUCUACCGUCAUAUUUCACAAAUGGACCCAUUUGCAGAGAAACUUUAACGAAAUGCUUGAACGUGAAUACCGUAGGUACUGCUAUCGUUAGCCAGACAUUUUUGCCCCUGCUGAAGAAGGCAGCUGCCAGAAAAUCAGGUGAUCAUAUUGGAGCUGAUCGAGCUGCAAUUAUAAAUAUCUCCAGUUUUUGGGCUUCAAUCCGUCGAAAUGAAGAUGGCUCUGGUGUACUUGGCGCGUUAGCGUACAAAAUUAGCAAGUCUGCUCUUAACCAACUGGGGAAAACGAUGGCAAUCGAUUUAGCCGAUGACAAGAUUCUUGUUGCUCAAUUCUGCCCUGGUUGGGUCCAAACUGAGAUGGGGAAUAUGGGAGGGCGAACAGCUGCCAUUACAGUAGAAGAAUCAGCCUCAGCGUUGGUUGACUCAAUAUCGAAACUCCAGAAGCAACAUAAUGGCGGCUAUUUUGACCGUGAUUUAAGACCGCAUUUCGCUUUUCUCCGUGAUGAUGGUAAAGGGACAGGAGCGAACAGAGGCAUUGGGCUUGGGCUUAUGCUAGAAUUUCUCAAAGUGCCAACAGUGAAGCAUGUCAUUGCUGGAGUAAGGAAUCCCGAUGAUGCCGAGGAUUUGAACGCAAUCACUGACAACCGUCUGAAAAGUGAGAGUAAUUGGGUCCGUGCAGUUCUCGUAAAAUUCUGCUAUUCUGAUGAAUGUCAGUGGUUUUGCAGGAUAAAUAGAAUUCUGGUUGGGAGCGUAGGUGUCUUCAAGACGGUUGAGAAACUGGUAGGGGAAGAUGGCCUAAAUGUGUUAGUGAAUAAUGCUGGUGUUCUUCCGCCAUAUUUCACCAAUGGAGAGAUUAAUCGUGAGACAUUGAUGAAAUGUUUGAAUGUGAAUACGUUAGGUACUGCUACUGUCAGUCAGACAUUUUUACCUCUGCUGAAGAAGGCAGCUGCUCAAAAACCAGGUGAUUAUUUUGGAGUUGAUCGAGCAGCGAUUGUGAAUAUCUCCAGUUUCUGGGGUUCUAUCAGCCAAAAUACUGAUGGAUCUGGUACACUUGGCUCACUAGCCUACAAAACUAGUAAGGUGGACGAAUCAACCUCGGCAUUGGUGAAUUCAAUAUCAAAACUGCAGAAGCGACAUAAUGGGUGCCGCUAUCGAGGUGGGGCAGACCUCAUUCACUCGAUCUUCGGAGUGGAACCUGGUUGCGUCACAACGCCACUUACUCGAUGUUGCACCUCAAAUGAAAACUUUUUCAACUGGACUGUCAUAGCACUAUUGUGUGGAGUAGAAAAGACCAUGUUAACACGUCGCAGUCACGCAGAACUUCUGCAGUUUCGCUCAGUUCCUGAUUACUCGUGA